UUUUUUUACAGACAUGGAUUCAUUAAAUGUAAGAAAUUCGAAACUAGAACAGCAGAGACAAAUUAUGGAACAAAAAAUGCGUCAAAAAAGACAAACACCAAUUAUGGUACAAUCCACAAACAUUCGACCAUCAAGUUUAAGGGUUACUUCAGCGCAUCGGGGUAAAGAACUACACGCGUAUGAUGGGCCUAUGCAAUAUAUGAUGUCUCCAGAAAAUCCAGAUCAAUUAAAUAUAUCCGCAACACCUCAGGUUCAAGGGCUAGAUUUAGAUAUUGAAGAAAUGACACUACCUUCAAAUGAAACAAAUGAUGUCGAGGAUGAAGAGUCCACUCCAAUUCCACUUACACCUGAUAAUUGUUUGAAUUCAUCAAUUGUUCCGGCCAACGAACAGCCUACAUUUAUUAGUGCCCAACCCCAAGUGAGUGCAGAAUUGGAAGGUGAUAUUGAAGGAAAUGUAGAAAAAUUCGUACUAGAACCCGCAAAUCAAAAAAUGCUUUAUAAGUGUCGUAUAACACGAGAUCGUAAAGGAAUGGAUCGUGGCUUAUAUCCAACAUAUUUUUUACAUUUAGAACGUGAUUAUGGUAAAAAAGUAUUUCUAUUGGCAGGUAGAAAAAGAAAAAAGAGUACUACAAGUAAUUAUUUAAUAUCGACUGAUCCAACUGACCUAUCACGAACCGCGGAUUCAUUUGUUGGAAAAUUAAGAUCAAAUUUAUUAGGUACACAAUUUACAGUAUAUGACAAUGGUGUUGCACCACGUCGAAACGAUGGUCGAGGUGAUGGUCCAAGUGUACGACAAGAAUUGGCAGCUGUUAUUUACGAUACAAAUGUGUUAGGUUUUAAAGGACCUAGAAAAAUGACUGUUAUAUUACCAGGUAUGACACAAGAUUUUCGUCGUGUCGAUAUAAUUCCACAAGACGAUAGUGAAACGUUGUUAGAAAGUUGGAAAACUAAAAAUAUGUACAAAAUUAUUGAAUUACAUAAUAAAACACCAGUGUGGAAUGAAGAUACACAAAGUUAUGUAUUAAAUUUUCAUGGUCGUGUGACACAAGCGUCAGUGAAAAAUUUUCAAAUUGUUCAUGACAGUGAUGUUGAUUAUAUUGUUAUGCAAUUUGGCAGAGUCGCAGAAGAUGUAUUUACAAUGGAUUACCGUUAUCCAAUGUGCGCUUUGCAAGCCUUUGCAAUUGCCUUGAGUAGUUUUGAUAGCAAAUUAGCUUGUGAGUAAGAAAAAACAAAACAUACAAAUUUUUUGAAGUGAAUUAAAUUUAUA